AUGUGUUGCAUAAUCGAUGAAAAAAGUAAUGAACCUAUACCUUUGAAAAAAAUUAAUGUUAACAUCACUAUCAAGGGUUUUGUAGCUUCAGUUGAAUCAUUAUUAACUUUCGAGAACAAUGGCGAUAAACAGUUGGAAGCAGUUUUCAAGUUCCCGAUAGAUGACGGCAGUGCAGUUUAUAAAUUUGAAGCAGACAUUGAUGGUAGAAAAAUAGUGGCUGAAUGCCAAGAGAAGAAGCAGGCGAAAAAGAACUAUGAUGCUGCUGUACAAAGUGGGCAUGUGGCAACAUUACUCGAAGAAGAAGAUUUUGUUUCUGAUAUUUUCAUAUGCAAAAUCGGAAACCUUCUCCCUAAAAAAACUGCUGUGGUCAAGUUUUCGUACGUUACCGAAAUCAGCAUUCAGGCUGAUGGUUCGUUGAAAUUUGUUUUGCCAACAUUACUUAAUCCAAGAUAUAAUCCUGAUGUCAGCAAAGGCGGUCUUGAAAAAAGUCCUUCCAUCAAAAGAGUUGCAGCAUGUGAUCAACCUUAUGAAUUUGUUGUGAACGCAACUAUUUCAGGAUUGGAUAUAUUAAAUGUGACGUCUUUCAAAGAUAAAAUAUUGUCGUCACUCGUGAAUGGUAGCACAGAAGUGAAAUUGCAAGAUAAGUUUGUGGCUGAUCACGAUUUCGAGUUGGAAAUUGCAAUCAAGGAACCACACAAACCUUUUGCAGUAAUGGAAAAAGGUUCAGAAGAUAAGGAUGGAAUUCUAAAACAAGAUAUUGUCAUGUUAAAUUUUGUUCCAGAAUUAGAUGAGUCAGCUAUGUCCAGUCAACAUGAAUUUUUGUUUGUAAUAGAUAGAUCAGGCAGUAUGGAUGGUUCUAGAAUAGAAAGUGCCAAAGAAAGUUUGUUGUUGUUUCUCAAAAGUUUACCACCAGAUUGUUAUUUCAAUAUAAUUGGGUUUGGAUCAACUUUUGAGUUGUUAUUUAAAGAAGGAAGCGAGAAAUAUACAAAAGAAUCUUUGGAAAAAGCAUUAGAACACCAAAAAACGUUAUCAGCUGAUUUGGGAGGCACAGAAAUUCUUGAACCAUUAGUAAGCAUAUACAGCAAACCAAUUUUACCUACACAUAGCAGGAAUAUUUUUUUGAUCACCGAUGGUGAAGUAUUCAACACUGAAGCGGUGGUUAGCUUGGUGCAAAAGCAUUCGCACGAUACAAGAGUUUUUACGUUGGGCAUUGGCGAGGGCGCUUCUACUGCUUUAAUUAAGGGUGUUGCUAGGGCUGGCAAAGGCAAGGCAGAAUUUGUGAAAUCAGAUGACAAAAUGUCGCCGGUUGUCAUAAAGUUGCUGAAAUGUGCCAUGCAAUCAACAUUCACAAAUAUCAAAAUUGAUUGGCAACUGAAUGGAGCCAGUUGUAUUCAGAUUCCUAAAGUUGUUCCUCCAAUUUUUCACAAUGACCACACAGUUGUAUACGCU